AUGCAAGGAUUAUCAAAUUUCUUCAGCACUAAUACAGGAACAAAUCCCACCGGAGGUAUGGGUUCCCCCUAUGGCCAACCACAACAACAACCCAUGGCGGGUGGAAACAUAUUCCAAACGCAACAACAGCAACCCACAAACGCUAUGGGUAUGCCCAGUAAUACUGGAUUAAUGGGAAACAACAUGGGGAUGACUGGUGCUACCGCACUUAUGGGAACUAACACGACAAACCCAUUAAACGGUGCCAUGAACAAUUCACUCUUCCAAACUAAUCAACAACAAACACAAGGUGGAAUAACUGCGCCAACGAAUUCAUUGUUUCCGUCUAACACCGCAACACAACAACAAGGGACAAAUCUCAAUUUUAACCCUAAUAUGCCUCUUACCGGAUUACAACAAACCCAAACUACUGGAGUACCUAAUACGUUGAAUUUACAAGGAAUCGGAAACAUUACAACACCACAACAACCAGUUUCUAAUUUAUCACUUCCAGGGUCUACCCCAAACACACAAAAUAAUUCCUUGUUUUCAAAUGGAUUACUUGGAACGACCGCCGGAAACAAUACUUUAGGAACAACAUCCUCAUUGUUGUCACCGGGAAUUGGAAACUCAAUUGGUAGUACCAUUGGUGGUACUCUUGGUAGCUCUAUUGGUAGUACUACUGGUGGUAUACUUGGUAACGCACUCAGUAACUCUAUUGGUGGUACGCCAUCACUGACUAAUACUACUGCAACAACAACUCCUACCGUACCAGCACCUACAGUCGAUUUAACAAAAUCACGAUAUAGAACCACUGAAACAAAACCAUUGGAAUCAAUUAAAAUCGUGCCAGACAGCAUUCGAAUGAAACAGCUGAAAAAGAAAGAAGACAUUGUCUUACCAUCACUAGUUGGUGAUAAGAGUGUCCAAAGCUUCGACAAAGUCUUUGAUUUGGAGAAGAAGCGGGAGACCAUCAAUCAACCGAUUUUCUCAAGAAAGUUCAGUCAGGCGGUCAUGCCUUCGUAUAGAAGCAACGGCAUUGUCCCGAUGAUCAGACCAAAUAUGCGAAACUCUGCUUAUGGAUAUGACCAAUCACAGCGGUUCUCGAUGCAACCAACGGUGACAAACCAAUACUUGGUCCAGAACGGUCCGCGCAUGAGUGUCAACAUGAGUUGUAUGAAUCAAAAUGUUGGACAGAGUGUACUGGGGAUGUCGCAGUAUCAACAAGCAAACACGUCGUAUAUUGGAGGACAGCCAUGUGUUAUUGACCCACUUUUGUGUAGUGUGGACAUUGAUAAUGUGAGUAUGAACGAAAUUCCUUUUGUCACGAGCGUGUUGGGCCAAUUUGGGUAUAUCACCGACAUUGUCCCCAGUCGAAGAGGCUUGCGAGUGGUGUUUGCGGACCAGUCUGUCGCAAAGCAUGUUAUGCUCUUAAAAACCCUCACAAUUGCUGGGAGGACAUGUAACUUGUAUGACCCAAACACGUAUUUCUUUACGGCUAUGAUGGAAGGCAACUGGUGGAAAGGCAUAUUUGGCAACUUCUACAACUUCCUGCGGACUGUUUGGAAUUGA